AGGUAAUCCCAACGAGUCAACAACGCAAAAACUCCUUAAAAACCACGCCACACGCCGGAAAACGGAAACUGGUGCCAAGCUGCAAAACUCCAAGCUCCUCCAUCCAUCGCGUGCGCGCCUCUCUCUCUCUCUCUCUCUCUCUCUCCCCGCGCGCCAUGGCCGCCUCUGGGGACCACGUCGGCGGCGACCCGCCGGAGUCGAUGCAGCUGCGCCUGGGCGACGACAUCGCGUGGUCGGAGAUCAACGGCGUGUACGACCGCGACGACUCGCUCAAGGAGAACACCAACCCCAAGUCCGUCUUCAAGAACCACCCCGGCGCCGUCUCCGGCGGGUCCUCGCAGCGGUUCUCGGGCAACCUGAAGCCGACGGCGGCGCCCAUCAUCGGGCUGUCGAGGAAGCUGGGCGGGUCCGUGCGGCGGCACCAGCACCCGCCGGCCAUGUUCCCCAAGAAAGCCAAGACCGGCGGCGGCGGGCGCGCGCCCAAGGCUGCCGUGCCCGAGCCCGGGUCCCCCAAGGUGUCCUGCAUCGGCAAGGUGCUCUCGGACCGCGAGCGCGCGCGCCUCGGCCACCGCCCGCCGCGCGGCGGCGCGAGGGCCCCCGGGUGCUGCGGCGGGCUCGGCCUCCUCAUGCGCCGCAGCCGGUCCAGGCACAGCGGCGUCGUCGAGUGCGUCGACCAGUCCCCGCCGUUCCCGCCCCUGGCGGACGUGGCGCCGAGGCGGAGGGAGGUGGAGGCGGAGGAGGAGGAGGAGGAGGAGGUGACGGUUGCGGAGCCGGCGCUGGCGCCGGGGCUGGGAGGCGUGCGGCGGUUCGCGUCGGGGAGGCGGGCGGCGGAGUGGGCGGCCCAGAUGGAGGACGACGGACACGUGGCGAGAUCUGGGCCGUUGUAGCGCGUGCAGGUGGUUGAGGAUCGGAGUGCACGCUGUUUGUAAAGAAAUUUUGCAGAUCGUGAGGCGUCUACAGACCACAGUAUG